UUACUGCAUCAACAACAUUUGCAAUUUUCUUCGUCUACUCUUCGCAACAACAAUCAGGAGAAAGGCGAAAUUAAUUAAAUUUCAACAAAAAAGGAAUUUUUCUACAAUUUUAAACAACAAUGGAAAGUGAAAGUAAUAUUGUACAAUUUGCCCCACUGCAAUCGUUUGUUAGUCCUACAUUUUGGCAUAAAUUGGUUGAAAUAAAGCUGGAUUUGGAUCGUUUGAGUGAUAAGCCCAAACCUAUUUAUGGUUACUAUACCAACCGUCAUUCAAAAUCAUGUCUAAUGGAAGUGGAUUAUACCGCUUUUAAUAGUGAGUUCACCCCACCGAAAUAUUGUUUCAAAUCUCAUGGUACAAUCUACAACAAAAACACCAUAGAAGAGUUUAAGAAUUGCGAUAAAAACGCCCUAUUAAAAGAAGAGGGUAUUAAACUUUUGAAACAUUUUCAAAAUGAAGCCACAGUCGAAGAUCCCAGUUUAUUGGCACGUUUUUUUAUACUAUCAUUUGCGGAUCUUAAAAACCAUAAUUAUUACUAUUGGUUUGCAUUUCCCUGUCCUUUAACUGCCACCUUGACAUUGGAAAAACCUGCUUCAAAACUGGUUGAUUCUCGCGAGAAAUUUGACAAUGUACAAGAGGCCAUAAAAUUAUGUCCCAAUGGGAUAUUGCAAAAUUUGUUUGUAUUACAAGCCUCAGCAACAAAUAAGAAAUUUUAUACUCUAAAAGAAUUCAUUGAUAACUACAAAACUUUAGAGAAAUUACCUUUGGAGGAAACUUAUUUCUGUUUCCCAGACAACAGUGAGUUUGUGCAACCAUCUUGGUUGAUGAGAAUAUAUGCAGCAUUUAUAUAUUACAAGUGUUCCUUCUUGGUGGGUAAUACCAUUAAGUUCUUGGGUUUACGCUAUGGCAAUCAUAUGAAUAUUGGUUUCAGUUUAAUAUGGCAUAUUAAACAAUCUGAAAUUUUGGAUCUUAAAGAAAUGGAUCAAAUAAAAUUUGUAGGCUGGGAAUUGAAUAAAAAUCAAAAGCCUCAACCACGUAUGGUUUCUAUGCGCGAUAGUAUGGAUCCUCAGGUUUUAACCGAUAAUUCCAUUGAUUUAAAUUUGAAACUAAUGAAAUGGCGUUUAUUACCCGAUUUAAAUAUGGAGGUUAUUAAAAGUACCAAAUGUUUGUUGUUUGGUGCUGGUACUUUAGGUUGUGCUGUGGCUAGAAUGUUAUUGGGUUGGGGUUUUAAGUAUAUAACUUUUGUGGAUAAUGGCAAAGUAAGUUUAGCCAAUCCUGUACGUCAAUACCUUUACACAUUUGAGGAUGCUGUUAAAGGCAAUGUUUUUAAAGCUGAUGCUGCUGCAGAUUGUUUAAAAAAAAUAAAUCCAUCCACGGUUUCAGCUGGUCAUGUUAUGCAUAUACCUAUGCCCGGCCACACUGUUGGUGACUCUCUGAAACAACAAACUGAGAAGGAUCUUAAUAAACUACAAGAGUUGGUUAAAGAACAUGAUGUUAUAUUUUUAUUAACAGACUCUCGAGAAAGUCGUUGGUUGCCCACUUUACUGGGAACAGCACAUGAAAAGAUUGUCAUUAAUUCUGCUUUAGGUUUUGACAGUUAUUUAAUACAACGUCAUGGAUCCGCUAGGAAGCCGGACAACGAUACAAGCAUUGCUCAAAUGGAAAUCGAUAACUUAAAAUGCAUUCCAGGUCAUCAACUGGGUUGCUACUUCUGUAAUGAUGUUACGGCACCAGGAAAUUCACUUAAAGAUCGUACUCUGGAUCAACAAUGUACUGUUACGCGACCUGGUGUCUCAAAUAUAGCCGCCAGUUAUGCUGUAGAACUGCUAGUAUCUCUAUUACAUCAUCCGUUUAAAGAAAUGGCACCAGCUUAUUAUGCUGCUAGUGGUAAUUUGAAGACAUCCUCAGCAGCAGCUUCAGAUAAAACUCCCGAGGGUAUAAUGGGUAUCUUACCACAUUCCAUUAGGGGUAUGCUGAGUAAUUUUGAGAAUAUAACGCCAGCAUCAGAGAAAUUUCUACAGUGUAUAGCCUGCUCAGAGAAAGUAGUAAAUGCUUAUCGUAGCCAAGGCAAUGAGUUUCUGUUUAAAGUCUUUGAAUCUGCUAAAUAUCUGGAAGAUUUAACUGGUAUUUCUGAAUAUAAAGAAUUAAAUAAUGGGAUUAUCGAUUUCAAUGAUUCUGAUUUGGAAUUAUCGGAUGACUAAAGUACAGCAAUGGAUAUAAAACAUAUAAAUUAAAACAGCAUUUAUGUAUUAAACAAAACAUUCAUAAUAACUUUUAUAUUUAAAUGAAUGGACUCACUCUUAUAGCUUUUUAUGUUAGAAAUGUGGCUUUUAAAUAUGUAUUUUAAUUAAAUACCAAAUAAACAGCUUGUAUUGUUCAA